AUGCAGAAAAUACCUCUAGGCGGGGGGGCCACCUACACUUCUCUCCCCUCGGUCAACAUCACCCUCUUCCUCACCGCACACCCGCAACCCAUUGCGCACGGCGCCCGUCUCGAUGCCGCCGACAAGACCUGGCAUCUUACCUCGCCCACGCCCUAUGACCCUCCCCUUACCUAUGGCGGUUGGACCCAGUCGCGCGCUCUCGGCACCCGCAUAGCCAGCCUGCUACAAGCCCGCGAAGACGGCGACAUUCCGUCCCCUGCAUCGCAUAGCCGGAGCAAUAGUCUGGACGCUGGCCUCAGCAAUCGCGCCUCGCCUAGCCCCGAUCGCCGGCGGAAGCGGAAGCACAGGGUUGUCAUCCACAGCUCGCCGUUUCUCCGCUGUAUCCAGACUUCGGUUGCAAUCAGUGCCGGCAUCGCGCAGUAUCAAGGCUCGCCGCCGGCAUCGCGCUCCCGUAGCAAUUCCCCGCGCCGCCGCGCUUCCUUGCACACCACGACCCUCAACGGUCGCGCCAACGACCGCUCUCCGGGCCCCAAGGCCAUUCCCGAGCCCGAAGACAACCCAACUCGCAACGUCUUGAGCAAGGCCUUCCAGAAGAGGAGCUUCGAGAAGACGACGCUGCGCGUUGACGCGUUCCUGGGCGAGUGGCUUUCGCCCGACUAUUUUGACAGCAUCACCCCGCCCCCGAAUUCGACCAUGAUGGUUGCGGGCGCCAAGGCGGAUCUUCUCCGCCGUGGUGAAUACAUAGAUGCACGCCCGAACUCUGCGCAGGGAUCAGGGCAUUUUCCCGGCGGCUGGGGCUCCGAUAGAGGCGCCGGCACCGCGAGUAGCUUCAACCCCUCCAACAACUCGCUUUCAGGCUUGGGCAGCUUGGCUCAGGCAUUGCCGCUCCGCGAUAGAGCUAGCAGUCAAGGAAGCGCUUCAAGCGCUGCCAGCAGAGCCAGUCGCAGGCGCGAGAUGGCCAUCGCGGCCACAUCAAAGGCCGAUGCCGGCGUCUACAGGCCGCCCGUGCCUUCAUACGCUGUAUCCCCCGCCGAGCCGAUUCCCAGAGGCUAUGUUGCCCAUGCACGAGACGCUUGCGUUGGAAUUGAUUAUCAGUGGGAUAGUAUGCGCGAGCCGCAGGAGUGGGGGGAUGGAGGCGUGUAUGGCGAGGAGUGGAGUGCGAUGCACAAGCGGUUUCGACGUGGUCUGAACAAGAUGGUUUCGUGGUACAAGAAGCAAGGUUCCGCAGGUCAUCCUGAUGAGGCCGUCGAAGAUGAAGAGGAGGAGGAGGAUCUUGUUUUGGUCUUGGUCACUCAUGGUGCUGGCUGCAACGCCUUGAUCGGCGCCCUGACCAACCAGCCAGUCCUUCUUGAUGUUGGCAUGGCUUCGCUGACCAUGGCUCUCAAGAAGCAGCCUUCAGAUCAACCGCCGUCGGAACCAGUGAGCCGCACGUCUUCGCCUUUCAACGAACGUCGUAGGUCCGGCCUUGAAAACGCGCUAGCGGACCAGUACGAAAUGGUCAUCGUUGCGUCGACGGAGCAUCUGCGCGUUGGUGCUGAUCCUGCUCGACCUGCGCUUCUGGCGGACAACUCGCUUGACCAAAUCAGUGAUUUCCAUCGUCGCCAUGCUGGAAGCUCUAUGGAGAACAUGGGAGACACCGGACGCAGGACAAGCAGUUCAUUGGGCAGCAUGAGGCGCAGCUCAACUGUCCACUCUCUCACAAGGAGCUAUACACCCGGCCACGGGCGUCAUACGCCCAGCAGUCCGAAUCUUGGUCCGACAACUGGACUGUGGAGCAAGCCGGCUCCGAAAGAAGAAGGAGCUCCCGUGGCGAAUAAUGGAGCUGGUACAGCAGACUUUCUGCUAAACUUUGGAACGACUGACGCCGCCAGUUCCAAGCCGGAGAUAGUAGUUCCAGAGAAGGAGGAGGCUCAAGAUGACAUUGCGCCGCUGCCUCCUAACAUCGGCCGAUCGAUGAGCCAGCAUGGGCUCUGGGGCUCUGUCCCGUCGGGAGCGCGUACGGAGAAGGAGAGAGGGCCGAAGAGACGUUGGACUAUCAACGAGCAAGAUGCUUAA